UCAACAAUCAUGUUGUGAUACCCAGUUCAAAUAUUAUUUCGAUGAAUGAGAUGGUCAAGGGAGGUCUGAAAGAUAAGCCAGGGCAUGGACAUACUAGGACUCUUUCAGAUAGUUAUAACUAUAAUUUCCAAAAUAAUAACCAUAUUUACACUUCAGGCCCAAGUACUAUUGAUGGAAGAAUGACGCAUUUAAAAUCUAAAUCAAAGGAAAAGAAAUCUCAGAUGACUUACGAUGUAAGAAGAGGAUUAAUCUCCCCUAAAAUGAAGUACAAAUACAAUAAAAAGGACCCUGCUCUUCAUUCUACAAAGGGAUACUAUGAGCAAAAGCCUUUUGAGUAUAAAUUUACAUCUAGUUCUCUAAGCAAAAGAGGAGCCUCCACAGGAAGUGGAAGUGCUGGCCAGCCUAGCGUAAAUUAUACAUCCCCAAGGAGCAAAGUAAAGAACAUCAAAAACUGUAAUAAGAUGAGCAAAAAUGUUGGGCUUCUGAACUAUGGCUCCCCUAAGCGCCCAUUCAAGAUUAUCCAAGACAAAGGUCUCUCAAAUAUCUCUGAUGAAUUUUUGAAAAAGUCUGUUGAUACAAGAACAGCUAAGACAUCAAAGCCUUCUCAGUAUGAUUUUGUUAACUAUGAGGCUGAUGAGAAGAGUAGCACUGGAAUCAAUAAGUGCUAUUCUCAGCCUAACUUGCAGAAGGAUAGCAUCAUUGAGAAACUUAGAGGAAAUUCCACAAAGCUUCCUUUGAACUAUCCUUCAAAGAAAAAGAGUAUUUCUGAGAAAGAGCAUGAUAUGAUGCUCAGUCUUUCAAUUAAAGAAGGGAACCAGCGAAUAGACAGGCCUGUGAGUCAGAUCAACCCUGAUGUAUGAUAUAUUGAACCACCAAUGGGCCCAACAGUUCAAUCACCAGUGAUAAUGGACAACUGAGAAGAUGACCAACUCCCAAUUCAUAGUAUAAAAAGCAAUUUCCAAUAUGCCUCAGGGAAUAAGUUUGACAUAAAUUCGAACAAAAUUACCUUAGUGAAGAAUCUGAAAAGGAACGGAGAUAUGAAUGAAGUUGUAGCAGAAGGAACUAGUAGUGGUUCAAAUUUUGGCAUAUCCCCUCGACAAGCUGAAAUCCUAAGGCAGCCUUCCCAUAAACAAGAAGAAGAAAAAAUACAUAAUCUGUCUUCCUCAGGAGGAAAUUACCCUGAUAGAAGUCAAUUAUCAAAUUCAAUAAAUGAGGCGAAUGUGAGCAAAAAUAAUGAGAUCCUCAGUAGCCAAUUUAGACUCAACAACCUUGAGGGUUUAGAAAAGGCCAGGAGUCCAAUGCUCUCUUCGAGGCCUACUACAGAUAGAAAUAAGGAGCUUGAAGCUCAUACAAACAUUGUCGUGUCUCUCAUUAGGAGAAGUUUCAACAAUUCUCUGUCUCCUCCUGAAACCACCACUGACUUUUACAAAAUCGGAAGAGUUUUGGGAAAAGGUGCCUUUGGAAAGGUGAACCUUGCAAUGCAUACACUUGCGAAGAGACUCGUGGCCAUUAAGUCUCUUAACAAGAAACAUAUGCAGGAUGAGAGUGCGAAGAAGAAAGUUCUUCUAGAAAUGAGCAUCCUUGAAAAACUAAAACACCCAAAUAUUGUUAGACUUUAUGAAAUUUUUGAAAGCGAAAAACACAUGCUGUAUGUCAACGAAUUAUGAGUUGGAGGAGACCUCCUUACUUAUGUUAGGAAGAGAAGAAGACUCAAGGAAUCCUUAGCUAAGUAUCUCUUCCUUCAGAUCAUCGAUGGGCUCAGAUACAUGCACUCUAAAGGCAUCCUACACAGGGAUGUGAAAUUAGAUAAUAUCUUAUUAGAUGAAACAGGCAAAGUUAAAAUAUGUGACUUUGGGGUUUCUCGAUUUGCCAAACCAGGGCAGCUCAUGACUGAGCAAUGUGGUACUCCAGCUUAUAUUGCACCAGAAAUCCUCAGAGGAAGAGGAUACACAGACUUUGGUAUUGAUGUGUGGUCUGCUGGAGUGGUACUUUAUGCAAUGCUUUAUGGCUCAGUUCCAUUUAAAGGCAACGGAAUUCAGGAAAUGCACCCCUAUAUCUUGGCAGGCGAUUAUAAAUUAGGAGAUGAAGCAUCAGAAUCUGCCAAAGAUUUACUAAGAAAGAUCCUUAAUGUUGAUGAAACUCGAAGAUACAAUAUUAAUCAGAUCCUUGCUCAUGAGUGGAUGCAAAAUAUUAAGCCUAAAGAGAACAUAUUUAAUGGAGAAGAGAUGGAGGAAAUUGACAAUGAAUUCAAUAUUUCUAAGGCUAAAAAUAUCUACAACUUGUAUCGAAUGAAUACAUUUAACACUGAGAUGCAUGAAAUGCCAUUCACUGAAGGAAACAUUGAUUCAACUCAAAAUGCUUUAAUUAAGAAUAUCACCACUAAAAGUGUAGUCUUGGCUCCAUUUAACUCUACUCUGACUGAGUUAGGAUUGAUCGAAUUUGCUAAACUAUCAGAUUUAACUAUUCCCAAGAAAAAGACCAUAAAGUUUAAAGGGAGAGUCAAAGAGCUAGACAGAGAAUAUGAAAAAUAACAACAACGGUGAUCUCGAUAAUGGUGUUUAUAACCGAAAUACUGAAAGCUUGCUAGAAAGUGUCCACGAUAGUAUUCAGGACCUAGCAAAUAACCAAGAUCUAAACGAGGAGAAUAGCGAAGAGGAGGUAGUCAAUGCACAUGAUAUUUCAGAAUUUGAUCAAGUUGUCAUCGACUAUGAACUAGUAGAUUUCAUAGUGCAAAACUUUGGUUAUCCAAAGCAAUACAUAAUAACUGAGUUAGAAAAGAACUCUAACAAUUAUUGAACGGCUCUUUAUUACUUAUUGUCCCCUACCAAUUAA